UGGAGAGCCACGUGAAGUACAGUGCACUGGCAUUUCAAUUUUCCCCGCGUAGUGGAGAAUUCUAAAGCCAGCUGCGCAGAUGGUAUUGUGGAUAGUCAAGAAGAUGGCACUCACUCCCGCGGAAACAAAGCUGUAGACUUAAGCCCACAGUAUGUGAGCCAGCCCACAGCUGGAUGCGAGAAUGGCCCUCGCGGUUGCCACGAAGCUGUUGUUUGCAGCUACCGUGGCUUUCGCUGUGGGCACGGUGCAUGGGAUAGUGCCUCCCCCGGUGGCCGAGACCGAGUUUGCGGACGAGGUCAAGUCCACAGACGAACGACAGGCAGUCGUCGGAAGUGAUGCCGAAGAUCCAGCUGUCGCUAUUUUAGAUAAACAGAAACCACUUGGUACUGCCCUGUUCGUUACUGGGGCAAACCUGGCAAGGAACAUAGUUGCAACCAAUCAGGAGAAAAAGGGAGGAUUCCACUUUGUCUGCGAGUGCGUUGAUGGGACCACAUCAGCCUUCCCGUCGAGAAACAACUAUGAUAAACUUUCGGACACGGAAAUUGGCACACUCCACAAUGAAGCAGAAAAAAACUGCGAUGUCGUUUGCGCGGAGUGCUGUGCCAGCACACGAAAUGCUGUCAUGCUGAAAGUCCACGAAAUCCACGGGGAAAUAGAAAAACCGACAAAGGCGAUGGUGUGCUGUUGCAACGGUAAGCGCUUCGACGGAUUCAAGUCGACGGUGGUGGGUGAAGGAAAGCAGCGGAGUGAAGCAGGACAACAGUGCGGAAGAAAGCAGGAUAUCGUCAACGCGUGCGGCGGUGCGCAUAACAUCAAAGCUAUGACAAAAAGUGACGCAGAGAAUUCGGCUGAGUGCUCAGGCGGCUUUGAUUGAUUCAGCGUGUCAGUGUAUAUUUAUCUUUUUUUUCCAUCCGGAGGGACUGGCAGCUCCGUUUCAAGCACUAAGUCGAUUGAUUGGCGACUGCUUUGUUGAUCGUCUAUGAUGUUGAACUUGAACAGACACCGUGCAUGGUGUGACAGUGAGCAAGCUCAUGGAGGAGCGAUGCCAAUUAAAUGAGGAUGUCUUCCGUUUCUGGGUGGCUCUCGUUGUUCAGUUUCGACAGGCUCGCUUAAUUUUUGGAAUGCAUGGGUGGCUUGUCGCCCAGCAAGUUUCACUAUAUGGGG